UUAUAAGUGCCGGGUGUAAUUUAUUUCUACAUUAAAAUUGUGAGAAAACUAGAGAUAACAUUAAAAUCAAAUCCCCCAAUGGAAAAUGUUCCCUCGUUCUACCUUGACAAGAAUCCACAACAAGAGCAGUGGUUUGGUUUCUGAGAGAGUCAGACUCUGUAUUUUGUUCAUAAACUGAUGAUGAUUAUCAGUUGCAGCUUCGCCUCCUUGGUUGUUGUUCUUGUUGCCUGCAUCAUCAAACCACACAACAGCAAGUUUCCAUUCUUUUCUCAAUGUUGACUCAGAUUCAAUGGCUCCAUUCCGAACUGAGCAACGUUUGCAAGUCCCUUUUGAGAGCCAAACAGUUACAUGCUUGCCUUUUGAAGACCCAUCUCUCACAAGACCCCUUUUAUGCAACUAAACUUGUAAGACUCUAUGCAGCUACCAAUGACAUCAACUCUGCCUACCAUGUGUUCGACAAAAUGUCCACUCGAAGUGUCUACCUUUGGAAUUCCAUGAUUCGAGCUUUCGCGUUGUCUCAAAGAUUUGACAAUGCAGUUUCUCUAUUCAGAACCAUGCUUGGUGCUGACAUAAAACCUGACAAUUACACUUUUGCUUGUGUUAUACGUGCUUGCGCUGAUAACUUUGAUUUAGGUAUGCUUAGACUUGUUCAUGGAGGUGCUGUAGCUUCUGGGUUAGGACUGGACGCUAUUUGUUGCAGUGCACUUGUGAGUGCUUAUUCAAAACUAGGCCUUGUUCAUGAAGCUAAUAGAGUGUUCAAUGGGAUUGCUGAACCGGAUUUGGUUUUGUGGAACUCACUGAUUUCUGGUUAUGGGUGUUCCGCUGCGUGGGAUGUGGGAAUGCAAAUGUUUAGCUCAAUGAGACUUGUUGGAACCAGGCCUGAUGGGUAUACCCUGGCUGGGUUGCUUGGGGGCAUUGCAGAUCCUAGCUUGCUUUGCAUUGGCCAAGGAUUACAUGGUUUGAGUCAUAAGAGUGGUCUUGAUUCUGAUUCUCAUGUGGGUAGUUUACUGGUGAGUAUGUACUCGAGAUGUAAGUGCAUGGAUUCAGCAUAUAGAGUAUUUUGCAGUAUUUCCAAUCCUGAUUUGGUCACAUGGUCUGCUCUUAUAUCUGGGUAUUCUCAGUGUGGGGAGCACGAGAAGGUACUGCUCUUUUUCAGAAAAUUAAUCAUGGAGAGAAAGAAGCUAGAUUCUAUUUUGGUUGCCACUGUAUUGGCUUCUAUAGCUCAGACAGCGAAUGUAAGACCGGGAUGUGAGAUACAUGGCUAUGUAAUUCGGCAUGGAUUGGAAUCAGAUGUCAAGGUCUCCUCUGCUCUCAUAGAUAUGUAUUCAAAGUGUGGUUUUUUGCACUUUGGAAUUUGUGUGUUCAGGCUAAUGCCAGAACGGAAUAUAAUUUCUUAUAAUUCAGUCAUUUCGGGGCUUGGAUUGCAUGGAUGUGCUUCAGAGGCUUUCCGGAUGUUUGACAGGAUUCUGGAGAAAGGAUUGGCACCAGAUGCAGCCACAUUCUCUGCUCUCCUUGGUGCUUGUUGUCAUGCUGGCCUUGUCAAUGAAGGCCGCGAGAUUUUCCAGAGAAUGAAAGAUGAAUUUAACAUCAAAGCUAGGCCUGAGCACUAUGUUUACAUGGUGAAGCUUCUUGGAAGUGCUGGGGAGUUAGAAGAGGCUUACAAUCUCACUCAGUCCUUACCAGAACCAGUAGACAAGGCCAUCCUGGGAGCCUUGUUAUCAUGCUGUAAUUCCUGUGGAAAUUCUGAGCUAGCAGAAACUGUAGCUCAGAAGCUUUUUCAAAAUAAUCCUGCUGAUAAUGCUUUCAAGGUUAUGCUUUCUAAUAUAUAUGCUGGUGAUGGGAGGUGGGAUGAUGUGAAGAAUUUGAGGGAUAAAAUGACAGGAGGACUGAGAAAAAUGCCCGGGCUAAGCUGGAUUGAAGGAAGUUAUUGCUAAUUCUGAAAAUUUCGUUAGAUGCUGCAAAUUUGAGACUGUAACUUCUGUCAGCUACAUAACAGCCUCUCAGAAAGCCUCAUCUCACAUGUUGCUGAAUACCCUUUGAGAGAAAGCCAUGUACCUGCAAGCUAUAGAAAUUCUUUGGACCAGGUAAGCUUCUAAACCUUAGUCAUUUAAUGAUUUCCUGUAAUUUCUGUGGUUAUUGAUUUUCGUCAUUAAUAUUGGGCAAUUAAUAUUGGGCAAUUAAUAUUGACACAAGUUAAACAUUAAGUAUAUGACUGAUUUUAUCAGCUCAGAAUUAGAUUCUCACACUAUUGUGAUCCAUACUAUUAUCUGUAGUCAAUGCAUAGCAAUAGCGGAAUAGUUUCUUUCUAAUUUUUUGUAUUGGGUACAUCUUGUACUGUUGUACUCAUUUAUUCGUUAUCAAUAAAAUUUGUUGGCUUAUAAAAAAAAGCCCUUGUAAAUUGUAAUGGAUUUAACUCCACUGUUGCAACUUGCAAGUCUUUAAAGCUCUGUAUGCAUAAAUGUAACUUCUUGAUA